CCUUGAAAUAUUGGCUUGGAAGCCAGUAUCCUCGAGAUUGAGAAACGGCCAGCAUCACCUGCAGCCAGCAGGACUUUCAGUGCAAAUGGGCGGUGUUUUACAGUGGACAAGGAAGACCUGAACGCUCCCAAUUCAAGCUGUAUUUUAUGUUUGUCGCUGCGGUGCCGAACAGAGCACCAUGGCAGUAAUGUCUGACUGUACAUUUAUGUCGGGGCGGCUGUUUGUGGAGUGGUGAGCCUGUUGGUGUUGAUCCGGCCUGCCGUCCUGAGCGCUGUCUGUAGCGUGUAGAUGCCGUGACUGAGAUGAGUGUGAAGGCGUUUGAGCUUGUCCCCGCUGUGGAGAGAGAUCUCCUCAUGGGGGACAAGGCUCGCAUCAACAUCGAGUGCAUCGAAUGCUGUGGAAAGCACUUGUACAUGGGCACCAACGACUGCUUCAUCCACCACUUCCUGCUGGACGAGGUCACUUCCUCCAAAGGGAAACUGACCUACUCGGCGCAGAAGCUGCUGCACAAAUAUCUAGGCCUCAAGAAACCCGUUGCUGAGCUGCGUGCAGCCUCCGCCUUGGAGCGUCUGAUUGUGCUCUGCGAUGGGAUUGUGUUCCUAGUCGACAUGGUGACACUGGAGACCGUGCCGUCGGCAGCUGGAGGCGGAGCCAAGAUCAGAGGAGUGACAGCGUUCUGCGUUAACGAGAACCCGGUGAACGGGGAUCCAUUCUGUGUGGAAAUGGGUGUGAUCUCCUCCAAGAAACGGACGGUGCAGAUUUACAUGGUGUAUGAGGACAGAGUGCAGCUGGUCAAAGAGGUGACCACCCCUGAGCAGCCCUGUGCUGUCAGUGUGGACGGUUACUUCCUGUGCCUGGCCCUCGCUACACAGUACAUGAUUCUGAACUACAACACAGGAGCCUCCCAAGACCUCUUCCCUUACAACAGCGAGGACAGGAGACCCAUUGUGAAGAGGAUCGGAAGGGAGGAGUUCCUCUUAGCAGCACCAGGUGGUCUGGGGAUGUUUGCCAAUGCAGAAGGAGUAUCUCAGCGAGCUCCAGUCAACUGGUCGGAGAGCGUGAUUGGUGCUGCCGUGAGUUUCCCCUACGUGGUGGCUUUGGAUGAAAGCUUCAUCACAAUCCACAGCAUGCUGGACCAACAACUAAAACAAACCCUUUCCUUCAGGGAUGGACACAUUCUGCAAGACUUUGAAGGAAAGGUCAUUCUGGCGUCCACUAAGGCCGUGUACGUGCUUGUCCCGCUGCCUCUUGAGAGACAGAUCCAGGACCUACUGGCCAGUCACAGAGUGGAGGAGGCGCUCAUCCUCACAGAAGGAGCACAGCAAAAUAUCCCCAAAGACAAGUUCCAGAUUUUGCACAAAAGGAUCCUCCAGCAGGCGGGGUUCAUACAGUUUGGCCAGCUUCAGUUUCUGGAAGCAAAGGAACACUUCAGGAAGGGUCAGCUGGACGUUCGGGAGCUGAUCUCUCUCUACCCUCUGCUGCUGCCAGCUUCCUCUUCCUUCACACGCUGCCACCCUCCUCUUCACGAGUUUGCAGACCUGAACCACCUGGCGCAGGGCGACCAGGAGAAAGUGCUGCGAUGCAAGAAAUUCCUCAUCAGUUAUUUGGGAGAGGUACGAAGCACAGAGGUGGCCAAUGGCUGCAGAGAGGACGUGGACACGGCUCUGCUGAAGCUGUAUGCUGAACAGGACCACGACAGCCUCCUCGACCUGCUAGCUUCAGACAACGCCUGCCUGCUAGCAGACAGCGUCCCGUGGCUGGAGAAAUAUCACAAAUAUUUUGCACUUGGGCUUCUCUAUCAUUACAAUAGUCAGGAUUCUGCAGCACUUCAGCUGUGGAUCCGCGUUGUAGACGGGGAUCUGCAGGACUCCACCAGGUCCGGCCUCUAUGAGUACAUCGUGGACUUCCUCUGCUCCUGCUCCAACCCGGACCUCGUGUGGAAGCAUGCAGACUGGGCCUUGGCUAAAGAUCCCACGAUAGGUGUCCACAUCUUCACUAAGAGGCCAGUCAGUAAGGAUGUGACGGAGCUGAACCCUGAGGAGGCCAUCACAUAUCUGGGGAAGCACAGCCAGGCGCUGCUUCUCUUCCUGGAACACCUGGUGCUGGAGAGAAAGAUAAAGAAAGAGAAGUUCCACACUCACCUGGCCGUGUUGUACCUGGAGAGAGUUCUGUCGCUGCUGUCGGAGGCGCCAGCAGAUGAAGAGCGCCUCAACAGAGCGAGAGAGCGGCUCCAGGCUCUGCUCAGGGAGUCCAACCUUUACCGGGCACAGUUCCUUCUAGGUAAGAUGGAGAACUGUGAACAGCUGCUGCUGGAGCGUGCAACACUACAUGGUAAGCUGGAGGAGAAUGACAAAGCUCUGCACAUAUUGGUGCACAAGCUCAAAGACUUCUCGUCCGCUGAGGCCUUCUGCGUCUGGGCCUCUUCUUGUCGGGAUUCUGCAUACCAACAUCAGCUCUUUCACCUGCUCCUGGAGGUGUAUCUAGACCGGAGCCUUCCUGGAAAGUCCCAGGCAGCAGCAGCAGGGGGUGGAGAGCUGGAGAUGGCGGCAGUGGAUCUCCUGAAUCGCCAUGGCGAGGUGUUCGAUGCAGUCCGUGUGCUGCGCAUGCUCCCUGAGGGCUGGUCCCUGCAGCUGCUGCGGCCCUUCCUGGGCCGAGCCGUCAGGGCCAGCAUGCACGCCGGCCGCACCGCGCAGAUCGCCGUGGGGCUCGCCCAGUCCGAAAACCUCCAACUGCUCCACGACAGGUUGAAAGACCGGAAGAAACCGAUCUUUGUGUCUGAGAAGAAAGGAUGCCACCUGUGCCACAACACCUUCAGCGAGCCCGACGUGGUGUGUCUGCCAGGUGGAGCGCCUGUCCACACACACUGUGUCGCCCAGAGAGUAAGAGACUCUCCCACUAAGAGACAGUUAACUAAUAGCAGUAACCACACGUGAGACUUGACCCUGUAAGCUACCAUGUGACUGAUCGGAGGCACUAAAGCAGGACGUACUGAGGACUGUGGGGGAUAACAAAAGCACAGAACAUGAUGAGAAACACAAACAAAGCUGUGUGUGAGAGUGCAAGGGAGAAACCUAUGAUUUCUUCUAUUUAUAUAUCCCGUGCUGCAAUUGUACCAAACUGUCUGAAGUAGGAACAACAGCAGUCCGGCUGCCCAAUAAUCCAUUUCUUAAAGAGGGGCCUCCGUGCUUAUCCGUAGACUUCAGGGCGGUCCCGGUGAACUACAGAACACACAAUAUUUGAAACCUGUUCCAAAUAUUUCUGAAGCAUGCAUAUUAUUACCACUCUUACAGUUGUGGUCUAAUCCCCUCAUGGGUAUUGUAUUAAUAUUGUCCUAACUUGCACAUUGCAUUGUUUUAAUGUCAAAUACUACAACCUUCAGUGCUGAUGCAAAGAGUCUCUGGCUGUCUUCUACUCUCUGUGAUCUGGUCUCCCUGCUGCUUUAUUUCCCCCUGGAUGUUGGACUCGCAGUGUUUCAGUUCAACAGUUUGAUCCGGGGACUUUUGGUUUUCAACCUUGUGUCGUGUGUGGAGCAACAACAGUGAAAUCAUCACUCAAACUGCUUCAAGGACCCUCAGAACAGCCCGCUUAUGCCAACCAAAACAUCUUUACCAAUAAUAUGUCAGUAGGUUGGAAACAUAUCAUCUAAUCAUGUGAAAUCAAGCUUCAUACAUUUUGUCUAUUUUUAAGUUACAAAUGAAAUAAAUCAAGAGGGAUAUUAAUGAA